UUUGUCGAGCCUGCGACUUUUGUCGCAGAAAGCUCGACAUAGGGAUAGUGAUCCGGCGGCGGCGGCGGCGGCGGCGGCGGCGGCGGCGUUAGCUAACUUCUUAAAAGCUUUAUAUUUUAGAAGGUGGAAGACCUGGAUGCUUCAUACUUUGUAUAUGGAUGCCUCAUGUUACGAAGUUUCCGUCAGUCACAUGUCCAAUGUCCUUGACCUCAUUUUCAUGGUUCAGUGACUACUUGAAAAAAAAGUUAACAUUUUUUGCAAUGUUAAAUUCUCUCUUAUUAUAAGUAGUAGGAUAACUAUAUUUGGUAUGUGCGUACCUUGCAAGGUCCUCAUGCCUUUCAGACAGUUUUCACUUGACCUCGACCUCAUUUCAUGGAUCAGUGAACAAGGUUAAGUUUUGGUGGUCAAGUCCAUAUCUCAGAUACUAUAAGCAAUAGGUCUAGUAUAUUCGGUGUAUGGAAGGACUGUAAGGUGUACAUGUCCAACUGGCAGGUGUCAUCUGACCUUGACCUCAUUUUCAUGGUUCAGUGGUUAUAGUUAAGUUUUUGUGUUUUGGUCUGUUUUUCUUAUACUGUAUGCAAUAGGUCUACUAUAUUUGGUGUAUGGAAUGAUUGUAAGGUGUACAUGUCUAGCUGGCGGGUGUCAUCUGACCUUGACCUCAUUUUCAUGGUUCAGUGGUCAAAGUUAAGUUUUUGAGUUUUGGCCUUUAUUUCUAAUACUAUAUGCAAUAGGUCAACUAUUUUUGGUGUAUGGAAAUAUUUUAUGAUCUAUAUGCAGUUGCGCAGGUUUCAUUUGACCUUGACCUCAUUUUCACAGUUCAUUGAUCAGUGUUAAGUUCUUGUGUUUUCGUCUGUUUUUCUUAUACUGUAUGCAAUAGGUCUACUAUAUUUGGUGUAUGGAAUGAUUGUAAGGUGUACAUGUCUAGUUGGCAGGUAUCAUCUGACCUUGACCUCAUUUUCAUGGUUUGGUGGUUUUACUUAAGGUUUUGUGUUUUAGUCUGUUUUUCUCAUACUGUUUGCAAUAGGUCUACUAUAUUUGGUGUAUGGAAUGAUUGUAAGGUGUACAUGUCUAGCUGGCAGGUGUCAUCUGACCGUGACCUGAUUUUCACAGUUCAUUGCUCAGUGUAAAUUUUUUUGUGUCUUGUUCCAUUUUUAUUCUUAUACUGUUUUUGAUAAGUGAACUAUAUUUGAUGUAUUGAAUGUUUAUGAGGUGUCUAUGUCUGUCUGCCAGAUAUUAUAUGACCUUGACCUGAUUACCAUGGCUCAUUGGUCAAUGUUAAGUUUUCCUGCUGAACUUUGUUUCUUAGAAAAUAUAAACAAUAGCUCAACUAUAUUUGGUGUAUGGAAUGAUUGUUAGGCAUAUCUGUCUGUCUGGCAGGGUUCAUAUGACCAUGACCUUAUUUUCAUGGUUAAUAGGUCAAGGUUUUUUUUUUUCUUUUUUGAUUUGUUUUUAAGAUACUAUAUGGAAUUUGUGAAAUAUAUUUGGUUUAUGUAAUUACUGUAAGAAUUAAGAUUUAUAUAUCAUACUGGCUGGUAACAUAUAACCUUGACCUUAUUUUCAUAGUUCAUUGGUCAAUGUUAAUUAUUUAAAGUUUAUCCAAUUUAUCAGUUACAAGAAGGGAUAAGUCAAUUAUAUCAUGUACUGAAUAAUUAUAAGGUGUAAUUCGUUUUUAAAUUCAUUUAUUUAUUUUUAAUCAGAAAUGCAUUUGAAUAUUAAAUACAAGAAUCUUUUUAUAACAAUAAUGACAAUAUAAUUAAAUCAUACAUUUGUGUUAUAAGUGAUAAUUACUGAACAAUGAUUAAAUAAAACAUUGGAAGGUGUGGAAAUGUUAAAACAAGCUCACUCAUGCAUGAACAUUAGUCCUAUAAUACAUUUCACCACAACCAUAUUACAUAUAAUAGGAUUUAUUGUCUGAAUGUGUUCAGAUUGAACAAUAUCUUGUUUUUACAAAGUUAAAGAAUAACAUUUACAGAAUUGUUUUGUACAUAUGAUCUAAGAUAAGUAUACUUUUGUUUUUAAAUAUAAUUUUGAUUUGAUGGUAGCAAAUAUGACUUACAUGACUUAAGUUAACAUAUUGUUAAAAUUUAUCUUUUUUGCAGAUAUAUAAUUUUCAAUAAUUAUACAAGUAUUCUUAUUGAUUAAAUUAGUUAUUUUCUUAUUUAAAACAUAAAAUAAUAAUAAUACUAAGUAUAUAGAUGUGAGAAAUAUCAAUUAAUAAUAUUUUUAAGCUUAAUUAUAUUAUGUAGCAAUGUCCUUUUACAAUAAAUAAUUAUACCCCCACUUUAAAAAAGUGAGGCUUUUCUGUUUUACCUCUGUCUGUCCAUCGGUCAGUCCAUCCAUCCAUCAGUCCGUCCGUCCGUCAGUCCGUUCAUCCGUCACAUGAAUAUUUUCAUCUCAUCUUUCUCUGGACCUACAUUACAAGGAUUUCUGAAAUUUGGUUUCAGGGUUUAUAUUAGUCAUUUAUACCUUGUGAUGCAAUUUCAGAUUCAUCACUCAACAACUUCCUGUUUACCGAACACUUGUAUCAUUUUAAACAUAUUAGCCAAGUUGAAAAGUUUCGUCACAUUUUUCUCAGGAACUACAAUACAAGGAUUUCUGAAAUUUGAGUUCACUGUGUGAUGUGUUUUCAGAUUCAUCACUCAAAAACUUCCUGUUUACAGAAAUAUUUUGGCAGGGGUAUCAUAAGUGAGCAGUUGCUCACAGUUUCACUUGUUUGUUUAGGGAUCUACAAAACAAAAGAAUGUCAUUCAAUCACUUCUUCAAAUAUUUAUUGCCCUUUAUUUCUAGACAGUUACUUCCUAUUUGGUGAUAAUUAAUAUUCAUAAUAAACACACAUGGCCAUGCAAAGUUAAUUACAAAUUACCUUGUUUAUAUCAAAUGUCUGAUAAACAAACGUAAGUAUCAUAUGCAUAACAUAGUGAGCAACUCUUUGUUGCGAUUUGCACAUGUGUCAUUUAUACAUUGUGUUUUACAGAUAUGUAUAUAUGCAAUGAAUGCAGUAAAUCUUACAAGACUAGAAAAGGUCUUCAAAACCAUGCAUGUAAUAUAUGUCAACUAUGUAGAAAAACCUUCCCAUCAGCACAGAAAUUGAAAAGACAUAAUUGCAAACAACAGAUAUCAAACAGGGAAAUUCUGAAAUGCCAACUUUGUAAAAAGGAAUAUUCUACAGAGAAUAGACUAAGAUCUCAUAAAUGCUCAUAUUGCCAAAUGUGUUCAAUUCUUUUCUCAACAUACCAAAAAUGUUGCAGUCAUAUCUGUCAACAUGCAGGAAAAACCUUGAAUACAGAAAAUAAAACAAAAGAUUUAAAUAUGUCAAUGAUAAAGAAUAACACUCAGAAGACAGAUGAAGUAAAGAAUAACACGCAGAAGACAGAUGAAGGAAAGAAUAACACUCAGAAGACAGACGAAGGAAAGAAUAACACUCAGAAGACAGAUGAAAUAAAGAAUAACAAGCAGAAGACAGAUGAAGGAAAGAAUAACACGCAGAAGACGGAUAAAGGAAAGAAUAACACACAGAAGACAGAUGAAGGAAAGAAUAACACUCAGAAGACAGAUGAAAUAAAGAAUAACACUCAGAAGACAGAUGAAGUAAAGAAUAACUCGCAGAAGACAGAUAAAGGAAAGUAUAACACGCAGAAAACAGAUGAAGGAAAGAAUAACAUGCAGAAGACAGAUGAAGUAAAGAAUAACACUCAGAAGACAGAUGAAGUAAAGAAUAACACUCAGAAGACAGAUGAAGUAAAGAAUAACACUCAGAAGACAGAUAAAGGAAAGAAUAACACUCAGAAGACAGAUGAAGUAACAUUAGAAAAAAAGAUAAAGGAGAAUACUACAACUGCAUCAAACAGCAUACAAACAAAUAAAAAAAAGUGUUUUUCUCAAAUUGUAAACAACACCAAGAAGUUAGAAGCAAAACAUUUUCCCAGGAAAAACACACAUGAUAAUUUGGAAACAAACCAUUAUGGAAAAGAAAGGAAAACCAGAAAUGUAUACCAUAAUUCAGCUUUAACACAUACAAAUAACAUAAGUAGCAUGGAUUCAAAUCAAGAUCUUGUUGCAGUCGAUAUUAUUCAUGAAAUCUUCCAAUUUAAACCGAUAAACUUGACAUGGCAAAUGAAACAUUGCACAAAUUUAGGAUUAAGGUUUGAGAAAUCAUCAUAUCCAUUGUAUGAUUUAACUGCGCCAAACAUAAUAGGAAAUCCUAAAGAUUUAAAGAAAAUUAUAGGUGAUGGAAACUGCUUUUACAGAGCCAUUUCUUAUGCUAUUACAGGAACUGAGACAAAUCAUAUCAAAAUAAGAUCUGUAAUAGUUAAUCAUAUCCAUCAGUUAGGGACAAAUCUUCAUUCCCUUCUACAACAUGGUCAAACAUGCUUUUCUUAUGUAUUGCAAAAUCAAAUAAAUAUUCCAGGAAGUUGGGCAACAGAAGUUGAGAUUUUUGUAGCAUCUGAUUUAUUAAGAACUAAUAUUUUCACCUAUGUCAACACUGGCAAUAACUCAUAUAAGUGGAACAAAUUUGAUGCUAACUACCUAAAUCCCAAUAUUAGAACAGACGAAAUAGGUAUUUAUCUAAACCAUACAAAUGGUAAUCAUUAUGAUAUUGUUUUGUCAACUUCAACUGUACAUAAAACAUUAGCCUGUGGAUUUUUUGCUGAAAAAAGGGAACAUAGACAACCAAAAAACCAAGAAUCUGAAAAAUUUGGAGAAAAGAAAAUAAGGAAAAAAGAGUAUAUGAGAAAAUUCAUGCAAAUGAGACGAUCCAAUACAGAUUAUGCAGAAAAAGAAAGAAUAGGUCAUCAAAAUCGAAGACUAGAAAGUAAAUUUAAACAUUUUGAAGUAGACUACAACAAAAAGAGAAGAACUGAUCCAGAGUUUGUUGCUUUUGAGAAGGAGCACAACAAAAAGAGAAGGUCAAAUCCAGAAUUUAUUACAUUUGAGAAGGAGCACAACAAAAAGAGAAGGUCAAAUCCAGAAUUUGUUGCAUUUGAGAAGGAGCUCAACAAAAAGAGAAGGACAGAUCCAGAGUUUGUUGCAUUUGAGAAGGAGCUCAACAAAAAGAGAAGGACAGAUCCAGAGUUUGUUACAUUUGAGAAGGAGCACAACAAAAAGAGAAGGUCAAAUCCAGAAUUUGUUUCAUUUGAGAAAGACCAUAAUAAAAAUAGAAGAACUAAUCCAAUAUUUUUGAAAUUUGAAAAAGAUUACAAUAAUAAAAGAAGAAGUGACCCAACCUUUAAAGCUUUUGAGCAUGACAUUGACAGGAACCGCAAUAGUAGUAUUAACAAAGCUUUAGAUUCACAUCAAUUGAUUGAUGCAUUUCAAAAUGAGGUUUCUACAGCGUGCAUUUACAGAUGUACAUCUUGUGACCAGCUGUGGUUUAAGGAAUCUGUUGAACCAGUAGGAAAACUACAAAAUUUGAAAGAACCCUUAUUUUCACAGUGUGUUCGAAAGAAAAAUAGUAUUGAUGGAUUUGAGUAUGUCUGUCGCACAUGUUUAAAAUCUUUGAAGAAGGGUAAACUGCCAAAUUUAGCAAUUCAUAAUAAACUAAAUUUCCCAUUAAAACCACAAGUUUUGAUGCUAAAUUCUCUGGAAGAAAAGCUUGUGGCACCAGUAUCAACAUUUUUUCAAAUGCGUGAACUUCCCAGUGGUGGUCAGUUUGGUAUUCAAGGAAAUGUAGUCAAUGUUCCAGCUGAUAAUAUGUCAACUGUUAAAAUGCUUCCAAGAAGACUGCCAGAGUCACAGACAAUACCAGUAAAAUUGAAAAGAAGAUUGAGAUAUAAAUCACAUGUAAUGUUUCAGAAUAUAAGACCACAAAAAUGUAUAGAUGCAACAAAAUAUCUUCUGACUAAGCCUUUAUUUAAGCAGUAUGUCACAGAUGGUCUUGAUGAGAAAUGGCUUACUGAACAUAUGAAAAGUUUACAAAACACAGAUUGGGAUACAUUUAUUGAAAAAAAUCCAGAAACAAAUAAUCCUCAUCCCGUUAAAUCACCCGAAAUAAAAAACAAACAGAAUGAAAAAAAAGCUGAAAUGAAACAACAGACAGACAUAACAGAAGAAGAUGACCUCUGGAGUGAAUAUGAUGAUGAUUUUUUGAAUAAAGAUGAUAUGGAAAAACAGCAGGAAUGUGAUGGCAUCUAUGACACAAUGUUAUACCCAGAAAACUUAGAUAGUCAGAGAAAUAUACUGUCAUUUGCACCAAGUGAAGGUAACUUACCAGUUAGCCCUUUUGGAGAUGCUAUUGAAGAAUUAUCAUUUCCCGGUUUAUUUUGUGGUGAAAAACGUCCAUCAAACAAAGAACGUUCAGUGCUGGUGAAAUAUAGCGAAAUUUGCAAGUCUGAACUGCGCCAAAAUGAUCGAAGAGCAGCACAAAAUAUUACUAAUAUUUUUUUCAAAGCCAAAAAAAUUCAAAUGAAACAAAUUCAAGAUAAGGUUUGGUUGUCAUUACGACGAGUAAAAACCAAAGGAAAGAAAAUUACAGCAAAAGAUUUAAAAGACGAAAGCAAUGUUGAUACUUUGGUAAAGUUAGAUGAUGGUUACAGAAUAUUUAGAACACUACGAGGAUCACCACCAUACUGGGAAUCUGCCAAAAAAGAUUUAUUUGCAAUGGUUAGACAAUUAGGUUUACCAACUUGGUUUAUUUCCCUGUCAUCAGCAGAAACAAGAUGGAAACCACUAUUAAGGUCACUUGGAAAAAUAAUUGAUGGAGUGCAGUAUUCAGAUGAAGAUAUAAAUACCAUGACCUGGCAAACUAAAUGCAGAUUGGUGCGAUCUGAUCCAGUCACCACAGCUCGCUACUUUGAUUACAAAGUACAGAAAUUUUUCCAUUCAUUUUUGAACUCAUCUGUAAUGCCUCUUGGGAAAGUAAAAGAAAUUUUUUAUCGAAUAGAAUUCCAACAAAGAGGUUCACCUCAUGUUCAUUCAGUUUUAUGGAUUGAGAAUGCACCCUUUUUGGAAAUAAACGAAAACAAAGAUAUUGAAGACUUUAUAUCUAAGUAUAUCACCACAAAUAGAAAUUUGCCUGUUGAGGAUGGACAACAAGACUUAGUUAAACUGCAAAUGCAUAGGCAUACACAUACAUGUAGAAAGAAGAAGAAAAAAACCUGUCGUUUUAAUUUUCCACUACCACCUAUGAAAAAGACUAUCAUUCUAGAUAAACUGCCAUCAAAUAUGACUCCUAAGGAAGCGAAGAGACAUACAAAGCACUAUGAACUUAUUCAAAAACAUUUAGCACAACAAAUGUCCUUAGAAUGUUCUUUUGCAGAAUUUUUGAAAGACAUUAAAAUGACUGAAGAUGACUAUAUUCUUGCCAUUAGAUCAUCCUUAAAAGAAACAAAGGUUUUUUUAAAGAGAGAUCCAGAAUGCAUUCGCAUCAACGGGUACAAUGAUACUGUGUUGCAAGCAUGGAUGGCUAACAUGGACAUACAAUUUGUUACCAAUGCAUUUGCAUGCUUAAUGUAUAUUGUUAACUAUGUUAGUAAAGGACAGAGAGGGAUGAGUAACCUUUUAAGAAGAGCAUGCGAGGAAGCUCACAAGCAAAAUAGCUCUAUGAACAAUCAAGUAAAAACUAUGGGUAACAAAUUUUUAAAACAUGUCGAAAUAUCUGCACAGGAGGCUGUUUACAUAGUUUUACAAAUGAAGCUGAAAAAUUCAAGCUGUGGACAUAUUUUCAUAAAUACAUCUCCCCCAGAUGAACGUCCAUUUAUUAUAAAACCAAAUGAGGAGUUACAGAAAUUACCAGAUAACAGCACGGAUGUUCAAUGUAACAACGUUAUAAAACGAUAUUCACAGAGACCCAAGAAGGUAGAAACUAUAUGUUUGGCAGAUUUUGCAGCAUGGUAUGACCUUAGGUCAGAAAAGAAACCAAAAACAGAUAGAUUAGAAAAUGAAGAAGAAAUAGAGGAAACUGACAUUGAAGAUAAUUUGGAAGAUGAGAACUUAAGUCAAGAUGAAUAUGAUCCUGAAAAUGAUCCUAAAACUUUAAAAUAUAGGAAUGGAGUAAUUUUAAAACACAGAAAGAAGAAAAAAGUCAUUAGAUAUGUAAGAUAUUCAAAGACAAAAGACCCUGAAAAUUUCCAUAGAGAAAAACUUCUUCUUUUUCAUCCUUGGAGAAAGGAAGAAAGGAUUAUAUAUCCCUUUGACACAUAUGCAGAUAAGUAUAACAGUGUAAAAGAAGGUACUGACUGCAAUGCAACUCAAUAUGAACAUCAUGCUGAAGAAAUUGAAGAAGCUGAACAGCUUAUUGAAAAUGAGUUAGAGGAAGAAGCAUUUGAUGAGGUUGCCCCUGUAACACAGCAUAUAGAACUGAAGGAUGAAGACGAAAAAGAAUCUGAAGACCUUCAUCAGAUGGGUGAAGACAUCUUCACACAAUAUGAUAUUGCAAAUGAUUUACAGUGUACAGGAACAGAUAUAGAAGAAGAAAAAUUAAGAAACAGAUUAACUGAUACAGAAUUUAGAAAUAUGGCUAGGUCAUUAAACCAGAAACAAAUGGAGUUUUUUUAUCAUGUGCUUAAUAUAUCAAAAUCUGAUAACGAACAAUUCAUGCUAUUCUUAAGUGGUGGAGCAGGAGUAGGAAAAACAAGACUUACAAAAUGCAUAUACCAAGCACUAAUAAAAUAUUACAAUACAACACAGGGAGAAAAUCCAAAUCAGAAGUCCAUUAUUCUGGCCGCACCAACAGGUAAAGCAGCUUAUUUGGUAGGAGGUGUUACAAUGCAUGCAGCAUUUGGAGUUCCAGCAAACCAGGGGUUUCAGUAUCGUCCAUUAAAACAUGAACUUUUAAAUACAUUUAGACAUCAACUUGAACACCUUCAACUUAUUAUCAUAGAUGAAAUUUCAAUGUGUGGAUCAAAAUUAUUUUGUUUUAUCAACCAGAGAAUGCAAGAAAUUAUGGGUGUAUCAAAACCAUUUGGAGGUAUUAAUAUCAUCACUAUAGGAGAUCUUUUCCAACUUAGGCCAGUAAUGGAUUCCUGGAUUUUUAAACAACCUUCUGGCAAUUCUACUGAAAUUUUAUCACAAAAUGUGUGGAAAGAAAAAUUCAUGUUUUACGAACUGACAGAUAUUAUGAGACAGAAAAAUGAUAAAAUAUUUGCAGAGACACUUAAUAGAAUAAGAGAAGGAAACCAAACUGUUGAAGAUGUGAAUUUUUUAAAGACAAGAGUAAUAAAAUCUGAUAUUCCAGAGUAUCCUACAUUUGCCACUCAUCUGCUUUACCACAACAAAAGUGUAGAUAUGUAUAACAACAAACUUUACAAUGAGUGCAAAAACCAUAAAGUGAUAGUUAAAUGCAAAGACAUUGUUAUAGGAGAUAUAUCUGCAGAGACAAAAGAGGAAAUUAAACAAAAAGCAAAGGAUUUUGAGAUGGGACUGUCUAAAAUAUGUGGUUUAGCUGUUGGAAUGCGUACAGAGUUAACAGUUAACAUUGAUCUAUUUGAUGGAUUAGUUAAUGGAGCUGCUGGAGUUAUCAAGGAUAUUGAAUGUGUGUGUUCCCAACCAGAUGUUAUAUGGGUCAAUACUGAAGUUGAUGAUGAUGAUGAUACCACUGAUAGUGAUGAAGAAGAUGCUCUACUGAGUCAGCUGCCAGAAAUGCCACUAUGA